UCAGAAGGUUGGCUGUUCCUACGCAAGCAGCCACAUGCGCAUGACAAGGGCAGCUUAGUACAGUCUGAGUAGCGUACUGCGGGAACCUGCAUAUUUGUGCCUCACAAUGGGCCAGUCUGUGCAGAAGGUUCCUGCCAGGGAGAUGUGGCUGAAGUUGGACCAGGACCAGAGUGGCGUGCUGGAUCGAAAGGAGGCCGAUACGCUCCUGCGUUUAAUUUGGAAGACUUACAAGGUGCAAAAGCCAUUGUCCGCGGAAGUGGUGACUAAUAUCUUGGCCGAGUUGGAUGUAAACAAGGAUGGAAAGAUUGUCCAGAAAGAAUUCGAGGAGCUGUAUGAUGGGCUGUGGGAAGAGAUGGUGCAAGUUUAUGCAAGCCCAAAGGCAGGCUCGCAGGCAGCUGGAACAAGCCCCACGUCCAAAGAGGCUGGCAGCGAAGAGAAGCAGGGCUCGUCGACGCCACCGAAGUCAAAGUCGCCAAAGGAAAAUGCUAAGGCGAAUGCUGAGCCCAAUCACAUCCGGUGUCCUCACUGUGCUUUCGAGAUCGACCCAAGGCAUUUGCAACGGUUGAAAGUUCCACCAGAGGCGCUCUCGGUGGCACCAGGACCAUGGCAAGGUUCCAGUGCAUCUGCAGGCUACCAGGCUAUGCCAGCGAUUUCGGCUGCACCUGUGCCGCCUGGCACCUCUUUCCAUGGACAGGUGGCAUGAACCCAUGGUGCCCGCCUCUUUCUUCCAGACCUCACACGGCUGGUGGGCUCAAUCCAAUGGACCUUCAUGAGUGUCACCGAGGAAAA